ACAUACACCAAACUGGUGAUAACCCUAAACUGAAAACCUAGCCAAGCCGCGCAGCUCUGUCUCUGGUUUGGUUUGGUUCCAUUCUCACACUCUCUGAUCUGACAACUUUUUUUUUUGGUCUUCAGUUCUGGUUAGAUUUUGUGUGACCUCAAUUGUACUUGGAAAAAAGCAAAGUACUAAACUGGUGAUUGAAACUGAAAUCCUAAACUAAAGGUCUCAUUCACUCUCUGAUCCGACAAUUUCUUUCACGAUGCAGAGGUUGAUAGCGUUUGGAACAAGACAUGGCAGGAACUACAUCAGCGGUUCUUCUUUAUCAUCAUCCUCCUCUUCACAAAAAAAGGUCUUUUUCUCUAACUUUAAUUUAAUACCAUGUCAGUUAUCAUCAUGUAAUUCAGAUUCCAAAGAUGAUUUCCAUAUAGUGAUGAAUAUUCUUAGUAAUUCUGCUCCCAGUAGGGGUGGCCACCAAAUUUAUUCAGCUCUUGAUGCUGCCCUUGACGACGUCACCAAUUUAGAUAAACACUUUGUACUCAAAGUUAUUGAAACCUCUUGUCAAACUAAAUUACUUCAUACCCCAAGGGUUCCACCUUCUGAUCUUAUCCGCUAUUUAAAGUUAGUUUGGAAGAAUAACAAGGACCUCAUCACUACCUCUGUUGUUCAAUCCCUUGUUUCAUCAAUAUGCUGCUCUACCUCUCCCACACAACGUCCAACAAAGAAUGAUCUACUUUUUCUCUGGGACUUUCUCAACCAUAUUGCCCGCUAUCACCCACCCGGUCUUCUUAAUGCUCCGAUUCUCAAUACACUCAUACAAUCCCUCGGAGGAGAAGGAAAGGCUGCACUUGACGUUUUCAAUAAAUUUCAGGUCUUUCAUUGUGUUCCAAAUCAUGAUACAUAUUACUUUACACUGCAAGCUCUUUUGAAUACUAGUACUUGUAGUCCUGAUAUGAUCCACCAAGCUGCUUCUAUCUGUCAAAACAUGAUGCUGCUCCUUCCUCCUCAUGAUCAUCAUCAUGGUGGCUCUUCUCAUGAUCAAGAAUACACCCAACCUUCUCCUCCUCCUCCUCCUCCUCCUAGUCCUGAUGAUGAUGACAACGACAUUGACUUCCAGACUGCGCUGACAUUUCUCGGUGGUAUUCCUAGACCAUAUCUCAAAGACCGUGUGUGUGCAAAUCUUAAUUUAAUAGAUUUUAACCCUCUGCGUCAACAGCUGCACCACUUUGUACUCAAAACUAUUGAAACCUCUUCUCAAACUAAAUUAAUUGAAACCCGAAAGGUUUCGCCUCAUAAUCUUAUCCACUUUGUAAAGUGGGCUUGGAGGAGGAGGAGUAACAAUAAUAAAGAUCUCAUCACUACCCAUGUUCUGGAAUCUCUUGUUUCGGCAGUAGUACGUGGAAAUGUUCAUCUAAGGAAGAACGACAUACUUUUUCUGUGGGACUUGCUUAAGCAUAUUGGCCACUGUCAGACUGGCCUUCUUAACACCCAAAUUCUCAAUCAACUCCUAUAUGACAAUCAAUUGAAAUUUGACCAUGGAAAGACCGCACUCGAAAUUUUUCAUAAAUUUGAGGUAUUUCAAUGUGUGCCGAGUCGAGAUACGUAUACUCUUACACUGGAAGCUCUUUUGGCCACAAGGCUUAUUAUGUCCCACCAAGCCGCUUCUAUCUGUCAAAAGAUGCUGCUUCAUCCAGAAACCCUCCUUCUUGAUGACGCUCCGGUUCUUAUUGCCUUGAUAUCUUGGUUUGCUCAAAACAAUAUGACUAAAGAAGCCUAUGCUCUCUACCUGGCUGCAAAAGAGAAACCUAAAACAAACCCUAACUGGCCGCUAUGGAUAGAUAGAUCGUUUCUACUUUUAACUAUCACAGUACUUUGUUCAAAAAAAGAAACUGUAUAUCUGGCUUUCGAGAUGUUCAAUGAUAUCCCUGAGUUGGUGGAGGAUCGGGACUUACGUUUUAAAAAUGAAAUGUUUAGGCUUGUUGUCCGAGCCUUGUGUGGGUUUAAAGAAUUCGAUGCAGUCAAGCAGUUGAUCCUUAAAAUCGUUGUAGACACAAGUCAAGAACAUCUUUUAAUAUCUGCUAUCAGUACACUUAUUCCUGCCCUUGUUAACGCUGGGGAAAUCAUACAGGCUUUGGAGAUGCUGAUGCUAGUGGAAAGUAAAGGUUUAUACUUUUGUAAUCAUCAUAUGUUUCGUUUUUGGUAUUCAAAUGAUAUGCUACAUAUUAGGAAGAUCUUGGAAGAAGCCAAAAAGAAGGAUUCUAAGUUAACCGUUGCUCUGCUGUACCAUGCACUCAUUGUUGGAUAUUGCAAGCUACAGCAAUUUGACCGUGCUCUCAAGUUAUUGACUGAAAUGAAGGAUUUUGGUGUCUUGUACACUAAUCUUGAUGAAUAUCACAAGUUGAUCCACUCUUUUUGCUUGAUGGAUAUGGAGUGGAAAUUGGCAAUAGAGCAGCUAGAGGAAAUGGAGCCUAUGGAUAGGGAAAUGGUAGAAGAUGAGCUACAUACAAUGGCCACUAUGGAUAGGCAAAUGGUAGAAGAGCGGCUAGAGGAAAUGUCAGAAGAGCAGCUAGAGGAAGUUAGAAUUUCAAUGCAAAAAUAUUUGAGUUGAGAAAGUAUUAGGAAAAAAUGGUUAGGAGUCUGAUGAAAUGGUUACAUUUUUAUUUUUUAUUUUUUAAAUAUUAUUUAUAUUGAAUUCUGUCUAAGUUGGCUAUGCAUAACUAUUAACUGGUAGUAUGUCACUGUCUUUUUUAUUUUUUAUGAGUUUAAAAAUCAAAUUGGUUUUCA